AUGUCUUCCAUCGCCAGAGAUGACAAGACCUCACCGUCAUUCAUCCCUCUUGCCGGCGUAGCUCAGGACGGCUGGUCAACGGAGAAUGAAGCAACGGCAACGUGCCUCUGUGGCGCCGUUCAGCUCUCAUUUCCAACCCAAGGCCGCGGCCUCCUCAAUCGCUUCAUCUGUCACUGCACAGACUGCCGUAAAAUCUCCUCCUCAAUGUUUUGCUCCAACUUCUCCGUUGCCGACAGCCACCUCCGCCACAUCCGCGGUAAGGAGAACCUGAAGUCUUUCAGCCAGUCUCGAACCAUCGCGACUGGCAACGAUAUGGCAAAUCACUUCUGCGGCACCUGUGGCACGCUCAUGUACCGCGUCAGCUCCGGUAUACCAGGUAUGAGCAUUCUCAGGCUCGGUACUGUCGAUGAUUUCCGCCUCGUGGAGACGAAGCUCAGGCCGCAGGUCGAGCAGUUUAUCGACACGCGCGCAUCUUGGUUGAAGCCGGUUGAGGGCGUCAUGCAGUUGGAUCGGAUGCUUACAGCACAAGACAUCAAGAGUCUCUUAUAG